CGCUUGUGCAGACCUUAUCCUGUCAACAGCUUCUGUGUCAUGUCGACUUGCUGAUCAGCACUCCGAGACUUGGCUGGCACGUGCAGUGGAGAGGCUGGGCAGCACAGCGUGUGAGAGGAGGGUGGCAUUGGGAGCCCACUUGGGAUUGCACUGGUACCUGUUCUCAGCCUAGGGAUUCCAAAGAUGUAGGUGCCAAAAUGUAGUUUCCUGAUCCAGAUGCUGUGCUUCUCUUCUGAGUAGUGGUCCAGCAGGCAGGAUGCUGGGGACAGCAUGGCCAACACAAAACUCUGCUGGAGCAUUGAGCAGGCUGCAGAGUCAGAAGUCUCAGAUGUUCUGGAAGCAAUUGCAUCCAAGGCCAGUGAACAGUUUUAAAUACAACUGUACCACUACCCCUUUUAAAGAAAACACACCUGGAAAAUGUUUGUCUGCAGUAUCCGCUGUAUCGGCUUCUGAACAGCCAUUGUUUUUGCCUUUUAAAGAGUGGGAUGGGACUAAUCAUCUUCUUCCUGUGGUAACUACAAAGUCAAUGCCAAUCAGACAUGCUUAUGUACCAAAGACGGAAGCAGGUCAUUGCAAGUGGGCAGAAGUUCUUAAAGAUUUGGAAAGGAUCAAGACAUCCAAAGAUAUUGAUGUUAGUUUAUACACUGCAAACGCAGAUGAGGAUGAAGAAUGCCAAGAACUUGUAAUGAGGUGCUUUUUCUUAGAGACAGAAGUGAUAAUUCAAGAAUGUCGUAUAAAAAACUGUAGUAAAACACAGGAUGUGUGGAACAUAUGGAAAAAUGGAAAUGAAACCUUUCAAAAAAAUAAGUUGACUUCCACAAAAUCAGAAAAAUGCAAAGAGUGUGAAGAAUAUGAAGAAAAAAAUUUUACAGAAUUUGUACAGAAUUUUGUGAAGGUUAUACAGAGGGAUUGCAAACACUGACCAAAAGUCACAAGCUUUUGGGAAACAAGACUCUUACAUGAACACCCUCAGAGAAAUUAGAUUAUCAGCAAAAAUAAACGAGGAAAAGAAAAUAAUUUACAAUCCUCUUGGCUAUCUCUUAAUACAUCUGUUUCUAUUGUGAUUUUCAGUUAAACUCAAUUGCUUCUUCUACCCAAGAACUCAAAGGCAAAAAUUAGAAUAUUUAUGUAAAAACUCUUCCUUGCCUUUUCCCCCUUUUAUAUAAUUCUAUCUCUAGUCUUCUUUCAGAAGGUAAAACUGGUGUUUAGUUCUAAUAUCCAACAACAACAUGUUCUAUUCCUUCAUUUGUUACCUCUAAUAUGACUUUAUUCAUUAAUGUAAUGACUAAAACUCCUUUAUCAGUUACCAAAAGUUUCAAUUGAGAUGUCAACCAAAGCAGUGUUUAUUUAAUUCUCUGAAUAAAAGAGGUGACUAAUUCUCUUACACACUUAAAAAAAAUAAAUAAUUCUAUGUGGUAGAAAUCUCGUCUGUGAAGUAGGGUUUAUAACUUUAGUAUCUUCUUGGGAAAGAACUUUGAAGACAUGAAUCACUUUUGACCAAUUAUUGGAAAUAAUAAUAAUAUAAGACUCAAUG